AUGGAGAACAAAAAAUUGCCAAAAAAGGCAAAUCAUGCGUUUUCGUCCUUUUAUCCCUCCUGUGAGGGCCUCGCACUAGAAGUUGGCCCCUGGAAGCCGCUGGGCUCGGCCCUCCAGCCAGAACUGCUCAGUGUGCCUUCUUCCCCAGCUGCGCGCGAGCCCAACCGCCUGGCUGUCUGCGCCUGCCUGGACCAUGAUUCUCAAGGAGCAUGCCUGCACCUCACGGUGCCACGCAAGAUAGGAGGGAGCAGGAGCGGAGCUCGGGAAGGGAAGAUGAUUUAUGUCAUUACAGUUGAUGGGGAACCGCACACCCUAUACCUCAGGAAACACUCAUUCUUAUCCGAGAAUUUUUUGAUUUCUGUGUAUAACGAAACUGGAUCUUUGCAUUCCGAAUCUUCUUAUUUUAUGACGCAUUGUCAGUACCGAGGACACAUUGCAGAAAUUCCAGAUUCUGUUGUGACAGUCAGUGUCUGUUCGGGACUUAGGGGGUUUCUGCAGUUUGAAAAUAUCAGCUAUCGAAUUGAACCAUUGGAAUCUUCAGCGAGAUUUGAGCACAUAGUUUAUGAAGUGAAAAACGGCAAUCCAACGUUAGCAGAAAAUUACACCAGAAUUUGGCUAAAGGACCAGGCGUAUAAAGUUCAUUUAAAUGCUCAGGAUGAAAAACAUUCACAACUAUUACCCCGAUUUCUAAAAAUGCACAUAAUAAUCGAAAAAUCUUUGUAUGAUUAUAUGGGAUCUGAAAUUAUGAUGGUAACACAGAAAAUUAUCCAGAUUCUUGGGCUUGUCAACACUGUCUUUGCUCAGUUCAAACUGGCUAUUAUACUGUCCUCCUUGGGACUGUGGUCAGACAAAAACCAAAUUUCUACCGACGGAGAUGUCGAUGAUGUUUUACAAAGACUUUUGGACUGGAAACGUGGCUCUCUAGUCCUACAGCCCCUUGAGAUAACACACUUACUCAUUUAUGGGAAGCAUCCUCAGCGCAUCGGAGCCACGUUCCCUGGUGCAAUAUGCAAUGAAAGCCACAGUGUGGGUGUUGCUGUGUAUCCAGAAGAUAUAGGUUUAGAGGGAUUUUCAGUGAUUAUAACUCAGCUGAUAAGUGUUAACAUGGGACUGACAUAUGAUGAUGUCAGGAGAUGUUCCUGUUCCAGAGCUACAUGCGUGAUGCAGCUGGAAGCCCUGAGCUCCAGUGGUAUAAGGACUUUUAGCAACUGUAGCGUGCAAGAGUACAAGUAUUAUGCUUCGAAAUUUGAGGUGAAAUGUCUUCAUAACCUUUUAAAUGUGCAACCAUUACCUGAAAAUCAAUCAGUGUGUGGCAAUGGGAUUUUGGAACCUAAUGAGGAAUGUGACUGUGGUAAUGGAACAGAGUGCCAAUUUAAAGAAUGCUGCGACUAUGAGACAUGCAGACUGAAAGGCUCAGCCAGAUGUGGGUCUGGACCGUGCUGUACCUCCAGUUGUGAACUAUCAGCCGCAGGCACUCCUUGUAGGAAGAUUACUGACCCAGAGUGUGACUUCACAGAAUACUGUGACGGAAACUCUAGCCACUGUGUUCCAGACACGUUUGCAAUCAAUGGCCAUGUGUGCAGGUUGGGAUCUGCAUAUUGUUACAAUGGACAGUGCCAAGUUGUUGAUGACCAGUGUGCCCAUUUAUUUGGAAAAGGUGCUCAAGGCGCUUCCUACGCCUGUUUUGAAGAAGUUAAUUCUCUACAUGAGAGGUCUGGAAAUUGUGGUUUUAAAAAUUCACAACCAUUACCUUGUGGACAAAAGGAUGUUCUCUGUGGAAAAUUAGCUUGUGUUCAGCCACAUAGAAAUCAUUACAAAAGUGCUGCUCAUUCUGCAGCGCACUCCUAUGUCUAUGACAGUGUGUGUCUGUCCAUACCUCCUGGGUCAUCUGUGAGAGCAGAUGGACAAGAUAAUGCCUACGUCGCUGAUGGCACUGCAUGUGGACCGCAGAUGUAUUGUAUAAACAAAACCUGCAAAGAAGUUCAUUUGAUUAGACAUGACUGUAACGCCACUAAAAAAUGCAGAGGGAAUGGGAUCUGUAAUAACUUUGGUAACUGCCAGUGCUUUCCGGACUAUAGCCCUCCAGACUGUGAACUGCAGAUGGGAUCACCAGGGGGCAGUGUUGAUGACGGAAAUGUCCUGAGGGCCGAUAUGUUUUUUGUUAAAAAGCACUUCAGUAAACAUCAAGACAACUGGCUGAUUCUGAGUUUCUUCAUUUUACUGCCAUUUUUUAUAACUUUCAUCAUUGCCGUUGUGAAGAGAAAUGAAAGAAAAAUCUUGCCUCAGAGAGAACACAGACUGUGA